AUGAUAUGGUUAUUUGCGACAGUGAGCGGUCCACUGUAUGAGUCCUCGUCCGUCGAUGCUCCUGCUGAAGCCGAAUCAGUGAUAUGCCCUGCUAAUGCCACAAACAUCACCGACUGCUGGUACAGUGAGAUUAAAGUGGGACUGAUAAACGAGAAUGAAAUUAUUUCCAUUGUGUGUUGCCCCGUAAACCCGUGUAAUAUAUCUGGUCAACCACUCGGCCUUGAAAGUGGUGCUCUUCCCGAUUCGGCUUUCUCCGAAUCAUCCUGUUACUCGGCGUCCCAGUGCAGCCGUUCUGGCCGCCUGAACUCUGCGACAGUCUGGGCCGCUUACUCGGCCGACCAAUACCAAUGGAUGCAGGUCCAAUUCGAGUCCAGCUAUAUCGUAACGGCCAUAACGACCCAGGGUAGAAAUAACGCUGAUCAGUGGGUGACGUCAUACACUAUUUCUUCUAGUUUUGACAACACAGAUUGGACUGAUUAUUUGAACGUUUACUCUGGAUCAGUUGAGAUAUUUCCGGGAAACUAUGACCGUGAUAGCCAUGUGACUCACACGCUUGCUAGGCCGAUAGUUGGACGCUCUUUCCGGAUCCAUCCAAAGACCAAUCACGGUUACAUUUCUUUGAGGAUGGAGCUAUAUGGGUAUGGACCUCUAACUGAUGCUAUAGCGUCGAUGAACCUCGAUGCAAAAUUAGGCUGCGCACCUUCUGUCCUCGGUGUGGGGCUUGGCGUGGAAGAUGGUCGGAUACCAGACUCUAGUCUGACCUCGUCGUCGAUCACGAGUUCCGGUCAUGAAGCUUACAGAGGAAGGCUGAAUGGAGUUUCCGUUCCAAGGGGGUCCGGUGGAUGGGUAUCCGCCGGUGCAUGGGUCGCCGCCCUUUACGACAACAACAAGUGGCUUAAGGUCGAUCUCGGCGAGGAUACUUUGGUAACUGGUGUUAUCACACAGGGACGGACCGGAACGAACCAAAGGGUUACGUCAUUCCAAAUCUCCUACUCAAGGGACAAUACAAAUUGGACCUUUGCUCUGGAAGAGCAGUGUGGGGUACGAAAAAGCACAAGACGGAGUGUCCCCUUGCGCUCCUACGGGUGGUCUGCCUCCAUUCUUUUCUGUCCUGGGCUUGGUGUCGGGCAGCCUCCAGGCUUAAUCCAGAGUCUUGGCGGAUUUGGUCUUUCCACCUCAGGGGAGGACGUCCUGGUGGCCGUGGCACAGUAA